AUGUCCAUACCUGAAAAAAAUUCAUCCUUAUCAGCCGAAGAGGAGGAUUAUCUAAAAAUGAUCACAGGAUCUAUUGACAAAGAGACCACUUAUUGGGGUACACCAUACGAGGCUGGGAUAGAGAAAGAGAAUAAAACGUCGGCAAGUAUAGUAACCCCA